AUGGGACUUCAACAUAGCUUCUGGACCGCAAUCGCGGCAUGCGCUGCCCUCAUGACAAUUUACACAGUAUCAUGUAUUUUCUACAACUUGUUCCUCCAUCCGCUUCGGCACUAUCCAGGGCCAAUUUCUAUGAGAGCGACAAGAUGGACCUACUGUUACAGACUCAUCCGAGGCGCUCUUCCCAUGGACGUCUUAGAGCUUCACAAAACGUACGGAGACGUGGUCCGAGUCGCCCCCGACGAACUAGCCUACUGUAACGUCAAUGCCUGGAAAGACAUCAUGGGUCACCGUUCCGCAGGCUCGCCAAGUUUCGAGAAGGCGAUGAAAUUCUAUCGCCCUACGGGCGAGCAGUCUAUCAAUAUCGUCAACACCAACGGCGCAGAGCACGCGAUGUUGAGGCGACAGCUCUCCCACGGUUUCAGUGAACGCAGUCUGCGGGACCAGCAGCCUCUGAUCAUGAAGGCUAAGUUGGAGAGGCGCAUGGAGCUUGGCAAAAAGGAAGGUGGCAGACCUGAUUUGAUCGAGGGCUUGUUGAAGCAGAAGGAAAAAUUGAACAUUUCGUUCGAGACACUCGUGGCAAACAGCAAUACGCUCAUCAUCGGGGGUUCUGAGACGACAGCGACGUUGCUGGGCGGAGUCACCUACUAUCUCUUGAUGAACAGGCACUGUCUGAAGAAGCUGGCGGACGAAGUGCGAACUGCGUUCAAGACCGAAGAGGAGAUAGAUUUGGUUUCUGUUAACAAGCUGACCUACAUGCUGGCCUGCCUGAACGAGGCGCUUAGAGUCUACCCUCCAGUCUCCAUGGGCCUUCCGAGAGUCACGCCUAAGGGUGGAGCAACGAUUUGCGGCAAGUUUGUCUCCGAGGACACUAUUGUGUCGAUUCACCAGUGGGCCAUUAAUCAUAACGAGAAGUACUUCAAAGACCCGUACGGAUUCCACCCCGAGAGGUUUAUGGGAGAGGAUGAGUUCGCGUCCGAUAACAGAGAAGCCUUCCAACCUUUCCAUAUUGGGUCACGAAAUUGCUUGGGGCGCAACCUGGCCUACGUUGAAAUGAGACUCAUUCUAGCUCGCCUCAUUUGGAACUUUGACGUCCAGAUCGACGAGGCUUGCAUGGAUUGGGCUGAGAAGCAGCAAAUCUUCAUUUUGUGGGAUAAAGGCCCCUUGGAGGCGCACUUGACACCGGUAGUGAGAUAG